AUGACCUUCACAAGACUUUUGUCAGUUGCUCUGAAGUCCUGCAAAGGACAAAGCAGAUUUUUGUCAACAUGUAAGCCGUUGUCUGUUACAAAAAAGACCUUGACAAUUGAUAACAUGAAUCCAAAUGUCAAGGAGAUGGAAUUUGCUGUUCGAGGACCAAUUGUUAUUCGUGGUGGACAACUGGAAAAAGAUCUGGAAAAGGGUGCCCAAAAACCAUUUAACAGCAUCGUUAAAGCAAACAUCGGCGAUGCUCAUGACAUGGAACAGAAGCCGAUUACCUUUAUCCGCCAAGUACUGGCUUGCGUUGCUUAUCCUGAGCUUUUACAAUCAAUGGCAAUUCCUGAAGAUGUCAAAGAGCACGCCAAAACAGUUCUUCAUGACUGUGGUGGACACAGUGCUGGUGCCUACACUCCAAGUGCUGGGAUUGAAUGUAUUAGAAAACACUGUGCUGAAUACAUUAGCAGACGAGAUGGCCUACCGUGCAAUUAUGAGAAUAUUGUGUUAACAGCAGGUGCCACUGAAGGCAUUAGAAAUAUUCUAAAAUUAUUUGUUAACCAAAAAUCGCCAAAGAAAGUUGGUAUUAUGAUUCCAAUCCCGCAAUACCCGCUGUAUUCGGCAACCCUUGACGAAUUUGGUCUUGGGCAGGUCAGAUACUAUUUGGACGAAAAGAACAACUGGGGUUUAAACAUUGAGGAAUGUGAAAAAGCUUUAGAGGCAGCAAAAGAUGAAUACAUUGUAAAGGCGAUUUGUGUCAUCAACCCUGGGAAUCCAGCCGGUCAGGUUUUGACAAGAAAUAAUAUUGAAGAAGUUAUUCGAUUUGCACACAAAAACAACUUGUUUAUCUUGGCUGAUGAAGUCUAUCAAGAUAAUAUUCAUGACAAAAACUCACGCUUUUUCAGCUUCAAAAAAGUCAUAACAGAUAUGGGUGGUGAAUACAAAGACCAGGAGCUUGCAUCCUUUUACUCAGUCUCGAAAGGCUAUAUGGGCGAAUGUGGUUUACGUUGUGGAUACACUGAAGUGCUAAAUAUGGACCCAGAAGUCUUCAAAAUGAUGGUCAAAAUGAUGUCCUCAAAAUUAUGUGCUUCUUCAUUAGGCCAGGCAGCACUUGACAGCGCUGUAAACCCACCAAAACCUGGCGAACCAUCUUAUGCACUAUGGCUAAAGGAAAAAACAGGCAUUUUGGAAUCAAUGAGGGAAAGAGCACGUUUGGUUCAAGAAGCAUAUGGUUCUUUGGAAGGCAUAGAAUGCAGCGCUAUUCAAGGAGCUCUUUAUGCGUUUCCGAAACUUCAUCUGCCGCCUAAAGCAAUAGCAGCUGCAGCAGAGAAGAACGUAGAAGCUGACUUCUUCUACUGCAUGGAAAUGUUAGAAGCUACCGGAAUUUGCACUGUACCCGGCAGUGGAUUUGGCCAGGAAGCUGGAACGUAUCACUUUAGUGGAUUACAAAGAAAGCUUAUUUGUUCUUUCAGGACAACAAUUCUUCCGCAGACACAUCUAAUGAAAGAAAUGUUAGAAAGAUUUAAGCCCUUCCACGAGAAGUUUAUGAGAAAAUACAGCUAA